AUGCUUGGGAAAAGUUUGCACAACGCCUUGAGGCGUAACAGAUUUGACAUGAUUGACAAAAAUAUUCAAAAAUGGAAGAAUACUAAAACUUUAAGUUGGUGCAUGCGGGCAAACGAGGCUCAGUGCUUGAUGGUUCUGUGCUUGCAGGCUCAGUGCUUGAUGGUUCAGUGCUUGAUGGUUCAGUGCUUGAUGGUUCAGUGCUUGAUGGUUCAGUGCUUGAUGGAAGUCACGAACGCUCAGUGCUUGAUGGUUCUGUGCUUGCAGGCUCAGUGCUUGAUGGUUCUGUGCUUGCAGGCUCAGUGCUUGAUGGCUCAGUGCUUGAUGGUUCUGUGCUUGAUGGUUCUGUGCUUGCAGGCUCAGCUCAGUGCUUGA